AGUACAGCCAGCCAGCCAGCCAGGGGGCCUUGGAGAUUCAGUGCGUAAACCGGUGAAUCAUUCGUGAUAGAGCACGUGGUGACAAUCUCUCUAUUAGUUCGAGGAUAAGAAAAAGUGUAUUAAAGCAAUGGCAAAGACACCGGCAGUUGGUAUCGAUCUCGGCACGACCUACUCGUGCGUCGGCGUGUUCCAGCAUGGCAAGGUGGACAUCAUCGCCAACGAUCAGGGCAACCGCACCACACCCUCGUACGUGGCGUUCACCGACUCCGAGCGGUUGAUCGGCGACGCGGCCAAGAACCAGGUGGCCAUGAACCCAAAUAACACUAUUUUCGAUGCCAAGCGGUUAAUCGGACGCAAGUUUGAAGAUCAGACCGUGCAGAGCGACAUGAAACACUGGCCGUUCGAGGUGAUCAGCGACGGCGGAAAGCCGAAGCUGCAGGUCGAGUACAAGGGCGAGAAGAAGUCGUUCUUCCCGGAGGAGGUGUCCUCGAUGGUGCUGACCAAGAUGAAGGAAACGGCGGAGGCGUACCUCGGCAAGAGCAUCGCCAAUGCCGUCAUCACCGUGCCGGCGUACUUCAACGACUCCCAGCGUCAGGCGACGAAGGACGCGGGCGCCAUCGCCGGGCUGAACGUGCUGCGCAUCAUCAACGAACCGACGGCGGCGGCCAUCGCCUACGGGCUGGACAAGAAGGGCGCCGGCGAGCGCAACGUGCUGAUCUUCGAUCUGGGCGGUGGCACCUUCGACGUGUCGAUCCUGACGAUCGAGGAUGGCAUCUUCGAGGUGAAGUCGACGGCAGGCGAUACGCAUCUCGGUGGCGAGGACUUCGACAACCGCAUGGUGUCGCACUUCGUCGAGGAGUUCAAGCGCAAGCACAAGAAGGACAUCACCAGCAACAAGCGUGCCCUGCGUCGGCUGCGUACGGCGUGUGAGCGGGCGAAGCGUACGCUGUCGGCGUCGACCCAGGCCAGCAUCGAGAUCGACUCGCUGUACGAGGGUAUCGACUUCUACACCUCGAUCACGCGCGCCCGCUUCGAGGAGCUGAACUCGGACCUGUUCCGGGACACGAUGGAACCGGUGGCGAAGUCGCUGCGCGACGCCAAGAUGGACAAGGCGAGCAUCCACGACAUCGUGCUGGUCGGUGGCUCGACUCGUAUCCCCAAGGUGCAGAAGCUGCUGCAGGACUUCUUCAACGGCAAGGAGCUGAACAAGUCGAUCAACCCGGACGAGGCCGUCGCCUACGGUGCCGCCGUGCAGGCCGCCAUCCUGCAGGGUGACACGUCGGAGGCGGUGCAGGAUUUGCUGCUGCUGGACGUCACCCCGCUGUCCCUCGGUAUCGAGACGGCGGGCGGCGUGAUGACGGUGCUGAUCAAGCGCAACACCACCAUCCCGACCAAGCAGACGCAAACGUUCACCACCUACUCGGACAACCAGCCGGGCGUGCUGAUUCAGGUGUUCGAGGGCGAGCGGGCCAUGACCAAGGACAACAAUCUGCUGGGCAAGUUCGAGCUGAGUGGCAUCCCGCCGGCACCGCGCGGCGUUCCGCAGAUCGAGGUCACAUUCGACAUCGACGCGAACGGCAUCAUGAACGUGUCCGCCAUCGAGAAGUCGACCAACAAGGAGAACCGCAUCACCAUCACCAACGACAAGGGCCGCCUGAGCAAGGAGGACAUCGAUCGGAUGGUGAACGAGGCGGAAAAGUUCCGCAGCGAGGACGAGAAGCAGCGCGAGAAGAUCGCCGCCAAGAACUCGCUCGAGGCGUACUGCUUCAACAUGAAGUCGACGAUGGAGGACGCGAGCAUCAAGGACAAGAUUCCGGACACCGACAAGACGCUCAUCCUGGACAAGUGCAACGCCACCAUCGCCUGGCUCGACGGCAACCAGACGGCGGAGAAGGAGGAGUUCGAGCACAAGCAGAAGGAGCUCGAGGCCGUCUGCAAUCCGAUCGUGCAGAAGCUCUACCAGGGUGCCGGCGGUAUGCCCGGUGCUGGUGCCGCGCCGGGUGCCGGUGGGCCACCACCAACUUCCGGUGCCGGUCCGACGAUCGAGGAGGUUGACUAAAGACGGUCGCAAGGGUUGAGACAAAUAAACAACA